AUGCCGUACGAGACAGAAGAGAAGACACAGAGAAGGUCAUGCGAAGUUGGAACUGUGAUCUGUAGAGCAUGCAACCUUUCAAUCCCCUUCCAUGGAUGUCUUGUAGACUUUGGAACCUGCAAAACAGAACCUGGUCAGUACUGUUUUAAAGAGGUCCUCACUAAAGGUGGAAUUAAGUGGUUUUCAGUUAAAGGCUGUACGAACACCCAAGCUGACUGCUUCAAGAGAACCAUGAAACAUUAUCAAAUUUUGUCCGUUCACUGCUGCCGUUAUCCUUUGUGCAACUUCUGA